CUGGAAGCUGGCACGCGCCAGGGUUCCAGACGGCAGACCUGUUUGGUUGUCAGGGUCCACGGCCCUGCGCACUCUGCCGACUAGGACCAUGGCGAGCCUAGACGACGUGGUCUUUGAGCUCUACAGCAUCAAUUUCUUUUACAGCGAAGUUACGCUGGCGUCACAGAACAUCAUCCUGACCCAGAUCGUGAACUACCGGGACUAUCUGAGGCAACUGGGCUGCCCGCCUCAGGAGAUCAACAGCUACCACCCCAACAUGUUCUGCGCCAUCAACUACGUGAUGAAAAAUGACAUGCAGCAGACAGGAACCGCUGGAGCAGGCCAGCCCCCAAGAAGGCCCGCAGCCAGGAGGCGCAGACCCGCGUCCACCAGAAGACCGGAGUCCACCAGAAGAACGGCGCCCAGCAGAAGAGCGGAAGCCAGGAGGAGGCGCAACAGGUCACCACCCCUGCAGGAACAGCAUGGGCAGGGGUACCCGGAGCCUGUGGCGCAGAGCUCUCAGAGCACGCUUGGAUCUGCACCCUUAGGUGCUUCUGCCUCUAAUGACGUGCUAGAAGUGAGGAUGGAGAAUGGGGCGCCCCCUCCUGUGUCCCCCCCGGUCCGCCUCCCUGCACCAGAGAUUUUGUACUUGGCUGGAGAGGCCAUUACUCCUGUCCCGCCCGAAAUUAUCCUGGAAGAAGAGAGUUUAAGCGGAGAUGAAGUAGCUCCUGAAGCUGCUCUGAAUCCCCCCGAAGAAGAGGACGUGAUCAUGAUGUCUCCUGACCUCGAAGCCACAGCAUCCACUUCAACUGGAGACAAGCCAGAGGACUCACGCAGGAGCCCCCCGAUGUCAGAGCAAACCAAGGAGGGCAUCAAGGACCAGUUAAGGAGUGAGCUCCGGAAACGUGGCCACAAAUACAGCAGAGUCCUCCCUCUGCUGGAAAACGUGCAAGGAUCUCUUGCAGUCAAGAAAGAACUGAUUGAGUUUGCCAUCAUGGAAGCAGCAAGAUGCAACGGUGUUGCCAUCAUCCAGGAACUGAAGAGGUUACUAGCAGAGGUGCGCUGCAACCAGCUGAUAUAAAUCCAUCCCGUGAAGAAAAGGAGAAUUAUUUUAUUGAAUGCCACCGCAAGAAAUGAGGGGAUUUCUCAGUGCCGCCGGUGAGGUAGAGCAUUCCUGCGGCUUCCCAGACGUCACUCAAAUGAUACCUGCUUUCUAGAUGUGGGAAAAAGAAACAAGAGUCCUUGAAUAGCAUACUUUUCUUUCAAUAAAAAUGGAGAAUUGCUCUAAAGACUUCUUGUGAGAUUAUU